AUGGUAGCCACAUAUUGUCACCUGCCACAAUAUACACAUGUAACACUUUACAGCCGACGAUACUAUGUGCCAAUAAAUGACAAUAUGUGCAAUGAGGCCAACUUUGGCAAUAUUGCUCUAGGAAAAGAGGCCACCCUAACAAGUACAUUUGAUGAAUAUUCUAAAGCGAAUCAAGCUGUUGAUGGUGUCUGGCCUGAGGCAGAUAUUAACCAUCGCUGUGCUCAAACUUCACUCGACUGGGCUCCACAGUUAUUCAUUGAUUUAAAACAGGAACAUUAUGUCGACCAUAUCGUUUUACUAAGCCGCGGAGAUGUUGAAGCAAGUCAUGAUUUUGCCUUAUCGAAGAUAAAUAUUUGGGUAGACAGUUCUUACUGUGGGUAUUAUGAAGGUCCAGCUGAACCAGGAACUAAUGCCACAAUUGUUUGCGAUAAGUGUCUUACUGGAAAGGUUGUCGCUGUGUCAGCUUGGGACGGUAUCCGGUCACGAUAUCUUUCUGUUUGCGAAGUUAUGAUCAUCGGACUUAAAAAAUGA